AUGGUGCCAGCAACUCCGCUGAUCCAAUUUUUUAAGAGUGAACGCACCAAGUUUCUUCUCUUCGAUGCAAAGUAUGGGAAACUUGGCGGAAAUGAUCCGAUGUGUGCGUUACGGCGCGAUUCGGCGGUGACCGACGAGGAGCUGGACGAGCAUCAAAUUGGACAGCUUUAUGAGUCACAGCUCGUCCAAUUAGAAAAACUUAUUGCUGUACAGCGGCGAAGCCACCUGAAAGCGAAAAAUUUGCUUGCUGCUGCUGAGAAACGCCACUUCAAAGCUUUACGGGAGCUCGAGCUUGAAAAGGAACGGAAGAGUAGAUACGCUGCGCAGGGAGACGAUUUGGAAAUUCAAAUUAAUGAGGUGGCUGAGAGUAAAGCUGAAACGGAGAGAGUGGAGCGGAAACUUGAAGCGGAACGAGAACGACACAAAUCUAUGGUAUUGUUCCUCAUCAAUGAACGGAAACAGAUGCUAGUGAAGAUGCACGAGUUACGGGUCAAAUCUGAAUCAAAUGCUCUGAUGACGCCGGGUGAUCAAGCCUUACUUGAGGAACUCAAAAAGGAAGUCGCUUUUCUGCGAGAAGAACGCGAUUCGUUGAAAAAUGCGAAUAAGUCGCUAAAGGCCGAGAAUUUAAGCCUCAAAGAAGUUGUAAAGGGUCAAGAGGCGGACUUGUUAAUGCUGCGCAAGAAUUUAAUAUCAUCAACGAAGCUGACGUUUGACAAGCCUGCAACACAUCUUCCUCAACUGACUGAUGCCGGUGGAUCAUUGGUGGUGGCCAAUCGAAUGGCAACCUCUGCUGGUUCGUCCAUUGGCGGAUCAUCAUCAUCUGGUCCUGCCAUGUCUGCUGGCACCCUGUCAUCUCGGACGAGAUUAGCAACAUCGAGCAGUUUUCCAGCGGAGAAAAGCCGCCUCCCUCGCGCUCCUUCAUCGCCAGCAAGAGGACUUCCUUCGCCAAGAGUACCGUCCUCACCCUCGAAAAAGACGCCUGCUAUGGGUUUAGGUACUACAAGGAGGGUACCACCACCUCCACGGUACGCUGAGCCAGAAUUGCAAGAGUUAGAGGCUGCAAUAGAAUCCAUGGCCGCCACCAACGUUGCCCCAACGUCAUCGCCAACAAAACGUAGUAAUAGUUUACCACGUGGAGGGGGUGGUAGUAGUGAGACGAGGAAGGUCGAUGCGCCAUCAGCUUAUCGAACAGAACCGCCGCCGCAUCGAAUACCUCCACAGCCGCAGAUGGGAGCGGCUAGUCGAUUAGGUAAGGUAUAG